UGAUUAUAUUGUUCAUUGUGUAGGUAGCUCUGAAAUGGCAAUUAGGUUAAUAGAGCCCUUAAUAGUAGGUCGGAUAAUAGGAGAUGUGAUAGAUCCAUUCACCCCAUCUGUACAAAUGUUUGUCAAUUUUCUCACUAAGCAGCUUUUUAAUGGUUCUGAGCUUCUUCCUUCUGCUGUUUCCUUCAAGCCUCGUGUUGAGAUCAAUGGUGCUGAUUUGCGCACUUUCUUCACUUUGGUUUUGACAGACCCAGAUGUGCCUGGACCAAGUGAUCCUUAUUUAAGAGAGCAUCUUCACUGGUAUGCUUAUUGCUUGUAA